AUGCCCGAUCUUCGUCGCCAGGUCCUGGAGAGCGGCAAGACCGUCUCGCGCAAGGCUGCAUCUCGUGAGGCUUCCCGCACCAACUCCCGCAGCAGCUCGAAGCAGACCUCUCUCCAGUCCUCGCGCGCGGCCAGUCGACAGGCGUCCGAUGAUGAGGAGUCAGGCUUCCUGUCCGACGACACUGCCCUGAGUAUCGGCUCUCUUGACGAUGAGAAUCCAGAGACGGAAAAUGUCGACUGGCCUCAGGAGCUGAGUGAUCGCGUCGCUGAGAUCCUGGACCGCAAGCGCAGCAGCGUUCAGGGUCGUGAGGAGGCACUGGCCGCUUUCUGUCGCCUCACCAAGUACCACUACGCCGAGGAAGAAAUCCGACCCUUCGUCUCCGACUUGCUUGCCGCAUUCGCAAAAAGCAUUCGAAGCGAAUCGAGCGUACGUGAGGCGACACUAGCCCUGCGAGCCAUCGAGCUGCUUGUCAUCACCUCUUGUGAUGACAAAAUCUACGACAAUGCGGAGCCACUCCUCACUCGCUGCAUCCGCGACUCGACUUCGACGGCCAUCAAGGCGGCGGCAAUCUACUGUCUCGGCGCCUGCUCCAACUUUGGAGGUGCGGGAGAGGAGGGUAUUCUCGAACAGAUGACCUUCCUCCUUGACAUCAUCGCCUCGGACGGACAGUCUAUCGAUGCUGCCGACGAUGCGGUCAGCGUCACUGCCGCCUUGCAUGUGUGGGGCUUCCUUCUCUCGGAGGUGGACGAUUUCGAAGAGGAGAGCGAAGAAGCGGUUCAAAUUUUCAUGGACCAGCUUGACUCGGGCGACUCGGGCGUUCAGAUUGCUGCGGAUGACGACGAUGAGGAUAGUGAGGAGGAAGAGGGCGGAAGCGACGAACAAGAGAGCAAGGAUCUCACAAGUGGCCCGAAGCUCAUCAAGCGAUACAACGCGUAUCAUAACACCGCUGAGCUGGAACGUCAACUCGCCAACCUCGCGACCAUUCAUUCCAAGCGUAUCAGUAAGCGCGACAAGAAGUCCCUCCACAGCAACUUCACCUCGAUUCUCACCACAGUCGAAAAUCCUCGCCGCGGCCCUCGAUACAACAUGGCCAUCGACCAGGCCACGAACAAACACUACGGAAGCACUCUGACAGUGAAGAUCGGGCGACACGGUGUCAUGAGGAUCGAUCGAUGGUGGAAGUGGGUGCGGUUGACAUCCUUGCGCCGUAUCCUGCAGGGUGGCUUUGCCGAGCACUAUUUCCAGGGCAAUCGGGCUGUCCUAGAUAAUUUGCCGGUGAUGAUGCGUAUGCCCAAUGCCAGUGGAUCGGGCGAUCGUCCGGCGGCGAAGAAGGCGGCGAGGAUGCGUAACGCGAAGCGGUGGACUGGUCCUUCUGACGAUGACGAAGAGAUGGAGUAG